UCACUUUCUUGUGAAAAUGGUGGAUUUGUGGCCCACACCUGUCAGUGUAUGUGUCCUGCUGAUCUCACAGGGGUCACGUGUGGAGAAGUGGUGACAGAUACAGGUUGUGGUGGUGUGAUCGAUCUGUCUUCGGGAGAGAACCGAACCAUUCAGUCCCCAAACUACCCCAGUACAGUGCCAGUGGAUCGUGAAUGCGUAUGGCUCAUCAAGGGCCCCGCAAACUCCAAUGUAAGAUUAACUAUACAGGAGCUGGACCUCGCGAGGAACUCAAAUGACCUGAGUUGUUACCACUGGUUGGAAAUCCGAUACAAUUUUCCCGGACAAACAGGAAUUAGGCAAUGCAACACUCAGAGUGCAAACCGGCAAAUCACAACCACGAACGACGGGGACCGAAACAUUAUGAUCCUGAAAUUUGACAGCAAGUUUUCUAAGGACGUACGGCCAUCUCAGAAUCAAAGAUUUAGUUUGCAGGUUACAGCUGUAGGAGGGACAUUGGUAUCCAAUCCAUGUAACCCGAAUCCAUGUCAAAAUUCCGGAACUUGUAGCGUCUCCGGAUCGACCUAUGAGUGCACCUGUACUUCCGGAUGGUCAGGCACUAAUUGUGAUGUUGAAAUGCAAUCAUGUCAGCCAAAUCCAUGCCAAAAUGGCGGAACGUGUUCUAUUGUUGGAAACAGUAUUACAUGUAACUGUCCUCAACCAUUCACUGGUCCAAACUGUGAAGAUAGCUUUAUAUCUGAUCCGUGCAACCCGAAUCCGUGUCAAAAUUUUGGAAGCUGUAGAGCAAUCGGAUCAACCUAUCAAUGCACCUGUCGUACCGGCUGGUCAGGAACGAACUGCAAUAUUAGAGCCCAGUCUUGCCAGCCCAAUACUUGUUUGAAUGGUGGAACAUGUUCAGUUGUAGGAACCAGUACUAGAUGCAGCUGUCCUCCCAGUUUCACAGGACCAAUCUGUGAAAAUAGUUUAAUAUCCAAUCCAUGUAACCCGAAUCCGUGUCAAAAUUUUGGAACCUGCAGAGCAAUCGGAUCAACCUAUCAAUGCACCUGUCGUGUAGGCUGGUCUGGAACGAACUGCAAUAUUAGUGCCCAAUCUUGUCAACCAAACACUUGUUUGAAUGGUGGAACAUGUUCAGUUGUAGGAACCAGUACUAGAUGCAGCUGUCCUCCCAGAUUCACUGGUCCAAAUUGUGAAACUUUCGCCUCGGCGUCAACAUCGUUUCACUUACCUUCUGGGUUUUAUUGGUUUCCAUGGGAAAUGUUUAAGCAGGUGGAUCAAUGGCAACCAAAUCUAAUCAACUCCUGGGAUAGAGUAACACAAGACACGCCGAUCGCAAACCUUUUACAAACAAUGAUCUUCUACGAUGAUCAAGGAAGACCCCAUAAGCCUCUUGGAAUAAACCCGGCUGCAAAAGAAAGCGUCAAAGUAGCUGCUGCAGAUCACCAUUAUAUACCACAAGCAAGAAAGAGAAAUUUCCUUCAGAAUGCAUUGCUGUGGGAAAAUAAUAUAGUUCCAUAUGAAAUUCAGACUGGAUUUAGUGGAAAAAUGCAGCAAGCAAUCCAGGAAGCUUUUAACAUAUUCCAUGAACUGACCUGUGUUCAGUUUGUUCCACGCGCCCAAGCCACUGGAUUGUCGCAUCAAGGAAUGAGCGUGGUGACCAUCAAAAUCAAAGUCCUCGUCGUUUAUUCCAUGUGGAUGAACCAAGGAUGCUCGUCAUUGGUCGGUCGUGAUUAUAGAAAUACUAGACAGGAAGUCAAUCUUCAAGAGCCUAUGUGUACCUCGACUAAAACCGUUGUACAUGAAUUAAUGCACGCCAUCGGACAAAUGCACGAACAAUCGAGACAGGAUAGGGACAGAUAUAUUGAGGUUUUCUUUUCAAACAUACAACAAGGCGCAGAAAAUAACUUCGAAAAUAACCUACCUACCCAUGACAGGACACCAUACGAUGUUGAAUCUAUCAUGCAAUAUGCACUCACAGCGGCUUCCAUAAAUGGUCUCCCAACUAUGAAGUUGAAAGACAGCCGAUUAGAAUCUCUUGUUGAUAGCGCUCAGUCUCUAACUCACAAUGACGUCAAAGAAAUCACACUAGCCUAUAGUUGUGCAGCAAACUGCCAGAAUCCCCCUUCUUGUCAAAACAGCGGAUUUGUUGCUCACACGUGCCAGUGUAUGUGUCCUGCAGAUCUAACCGGUAGUACCUGUGAACAGGUGGACACGGAUUCAGACUGUGGUGGAAUCAUAGAUCUAGCUGCUGGACAAGAACACAAUAUUAAGUCACCAAACUACCCCAAUACUUACAGUGUGGACAAAGAGUGUGUUUGGAUGAUCAGGGGGCCAACCAAUUCCAAUAUAAAACUUACCAUUCAAGAACUUAAUUUGGCAAGAAAUACACAAACCUCUGCUUGCUAUCAUUGGCUCGAGAUCCGCUACAACCUUCUAGGACAGACCGGAAUCAAGCAGUGUAAUACUCCAGCAAACCAAGUUUUAGAGUAUACAACAACUGACGAUGGAAACAAAAACAUAAUGAUCUUGAAGUUUGACAGCAGGCUAUCCAGAGACCAGCAGCCUUCUCAGAGUCAAAGGUUCGAGUUGAAAGUCCAAGCCAUUUCUGGAUCAACAAACCCAACAAAUCCAUGUAGUCCCAAUCCAUGUCAAAAUUCUGGAACAUGUAGCGUUUCUGGCUCGUCUUAUACAUGCACGUGUUCUUCCGGUUGGAGCGGUACAAACUGUGAAAUUGCCUCACAGUCCUGUCAGCCAAAUCCUUGUCAAAACGGCGGGACCUGCCAGUUGUCCGGAGGCAGUAUCAUCUGCAGCUGUACCUCUCAAUAUACUGGACCCAAUUGUGAACAAACAACGCAGUUAUGUGAUCCCACCUUUUGUCAAAACGGGGGAACCUGCCAAGUGUAUGGAGGAUACACGUAUUGCAUCUGUCCCCAUCCAUUUUAUGGUCCGAACUGUCAAUCUUUUGCCUCGGCAUCAACAUCGUUUCACUUACCCUCUGGGUUUUACUGGUAUCCCUGGGAAAUGUUUAAGCAAGUGGAUCAAUGGCAACCAAAUCUCAUCAACUCCUGGCCUCUUGGAAUAAACCCGGCUGCCAAGGACAGCGUCAAAGUAGCUGCUGUUGAUCACCAUGUUAUUCCACAAGCAGGAGGUUCCUUUGGAAGGAAAAAGAGAAAUUUCCUUAAAAGUGCUGUACUAUGGGAAAAUAAUAUAGUCCCAUAUGAAAUUCAAUCUGGAUUUAGUCCUAAAAUGCAGCAAUAUAUCCAGGAUGCUUUUAAAAUUUUCCAUGAUCUAACCUGCCUUAAGUUUGUUCCACGAGCCCAAGCCACUGGUUUGUCGCACAAUACAUAUCUUUUCCUUUCCCGGGGACGAGGAUGCUUGUCCUACAUCGGUCGUGUUACAUAUAUGACUAGUCAGGAAGUCAGCCUUGAUGAACCUUCCUGUACAAAGACUCAAACUGUUGUACAUGAACUGAUGCACGCCGUAGGACAAAUGCAUGAACAAUCGAGGCAAGAUCGCGACAAAUAUAUUGAGGUUUUCUUUUCAAACCUCGCCCAAGGUCAAGAGGACAACUUCGUAAAUGACAAACCGACUUACGAUAGGACUCCAUAUGAUGUUGAAUCUAUCAUGCAAUAUCCACUUACUGCUGGUGCUUCCAGUCCAGGUCUUCGAACUAUGAAGUUAAAAGACAGCCGAUUAGAAUCUCUUGUUGAUACAGCCCAGACUCUCACUCACAAUGACGUCAAAGAAAUCACAAUAGCCUAUAGUUGUGCAGCAAACUGUCAGAAUCCCCCUUCGUGUCAAAACAGCGGAUUUGUUGCUCACACCUGCCAGUGUAUGUGUCCUGCAGAUCUAACCGGUAGUACCUGUGAACAGGUGGACACGGAUUCAGACUGUGGUGGAAUCAUAGAUCUAGCUGCUGGACAGGAACACAAUAUUAAGUCCCCAAACUACCCCAAUACUUACAGUGUGGAUAAAGAGUGUGUGUGGAUGAUCAGGGGACCAACCAAUUCGAAUAUAAAACUUACAAUUCAAGAACUAAAUUUGGCAAGAAAUACACAAACUUCAGCUUGCUAUCAUUGGCUGGAGAUCCGCUAUAACCUUCUAGGACAGACCGGAAUCAAGCAGUGUAAUACUCCAGCAAACCAAGUUUUAGAGUAUACGACAACUGACGAUGGAAACAAAAACAUUAUGAUCCUGAAGUUUGACAGCAGGCUAUCCAGAGACCAGCAGCCUUCUCAGAAUCAGAGGUUCGAGUUGAAGGUCCAAGCCAUUUCUGGAUCAACAAACCCUACAAACCCUUGUAGUCCCAACCCAUGUCAAAAUUCCGGAACUUGUAGCGUUUCUGGUUCGUCUUAUACAUGCACGUGUCCUUCCGGUUGGAGCGGUACUAACUGUGAAAUUGCCUCACAGUCCUGUCAGCCAAAUCCUUGUCAAAACGGCGGGACCUGCCAGUUGUCCGGAGGCAGUAUCAUCUGCAGCUGUACCUCUCAAUAUACUGGACCCAACUGUGAACAAACAACACAGUUAUGUGAUCCCACCUAUUGUCAAAACGGAGGAACAUGCCAAGUGUUUGGAGGGUCCUCAUAUUGCAUCUGUCCCAAUCCAUAUUAUGGUCAAAACUGUCAAUAUUCAUAUUUUGGAGGAAGAUGAACAAUACUGGAAAACAGUACUUAUAUGAUUACUAUUAGGUAAAUAAAAUGCCAUCACA